AUGAUUUCUUGUGCCAAGAAGGUCGAAGCCGGAGAAUACUACGGACAGCAGACGCCAUAUCAACCUCAAAGCACUGUAGGCGAUAUGGAAAUCCUAAUAAAAGCAAUGAAUGAAAUGUCGAUUAAUUAUGCUAACAUGAAAGUUAAUUAUUGUGAAACAACUGAAAAGAUCGAUGAUAACGCUGUAUGGGUUGAAGAAUUAUAUAAUAUAGACCAAUCAUCUACUGAAAAAAGAAGAGGCCGCCCUAAAAAUUCACAAAAACAACAAAUACCGGAAGAAGCUGAAUCAUAUGACCACUAUGAAGAUGAUGUUGAUGAAAUAUUUGAUGAACUUGAAUAUGAAAGCAAAGAAUUGGAAGAGCUCGAAAGUUUCUCAUCCGAUUGUAUCUCAUCUGAUGAAGAAAAUAUAUUAGAAAUAAAAAAGGAUACAAAAUUAAUAGAGAUCGAAAGUCCAGCA